CCGCCGCCAUUAUGAACAUCCGCAAUGCUCGGCCAGACGAUCUGAUGAACAUGCAACACUGCAAUCUCCUUUGCCUUCCUGAGAAUUACCAGAUGAAAUACUAUUUCUACCAUGGCCUUUCCUGGCCCCAGCUCUCGUAUAUCGCCGAGGAUGAGGAUGGGAAGAUUGUGGGCUAUGUCCUGGCCAAAAUGGAGGAGGACACAGAUGAUGUCCCCCAUGGACAUAUCACCUCUUUGGCCGUCAAGCGUUCACACCGGCGUCUUGGCCUGGCCCAGAAGUUGAUGGAUCAGGCCUCCCGGGCCAUGAUAGAGAAUUUCAGUGCCAAAUACGUGUCCCUGCACGUGAGAAAGAGUAACCGGGCAGCCUUGCAUCUCUAUUCUAACACCCUCAACUUCCAGGUUAGUGAGGUGGAACCCAAAUACUAUGCAGAUGGGGAAGACGCUUAUGCUAUGAAGCGGGAUCUCUCACAGAUGGCAGAUGAGCUGAGACGUCAGCUAGAGCUGAAGAAGGGCGGGUACGUGGUGUUGGGUUCCAGGGAGAACCUGGAGACCCAGGGCCGCGCAUUUCCCGUCUCUGAAGAGACCUACCGGAAGAAAAAUCCAGCUGUUUAUAACAGAAGCAGUGGCAACAAGAGACCAAGCAGUGAUGGCCAGGACAGCUCAGAAGACUCAGAUUCCACUUCCUAG